CCACCAAUAUUUUUGUUUACCCACAAGUUUUUGAAAACGGGCGAUGUAGUCAUAUCAAAACAGUUUAGCCAUUCCAAGUUUAAAUUGCGAGAAGUUCAGUGAUUUUUUGCAGAAGAAAAUGCUGCGUAACUUUCCAAAUGUUUGUCGGUUGUGCCUCCGGACGGAACCGGAGCAGGUGAUGGUGCCGAUUCUGGAUACAGUGCCGGAAUUUGGUGAACAGCUGAGCAACCUGUUGGACGACUUUUGUUCAGCCGCACCAGAGGACAUCGCCGCAUCGCUCCCUUCGACUGUGUGCCAGCAGUGUCUCAAAGAAUUUAUCGCUGCCUAUAAGUUGAAACAACGACAGGAGUUUUUGCUGAGCUUUCAGGUGGCAUACGCUAGGUUCAAAUUUGAUGCAAACGUGGAUUCACUGCGCCAGCUGUAUGAGAAUAAUGUUGACUACAUGAGCACGGUAUUCUGUGAGUUGGGGAUUAUAAAUGAGAACGAGAUGCUCGACUGGGACGCUCUGAGCGAGCAGAAACCAGAUUUGGAAGGAAUUGGGCAGACGACACCGGCUAACAACAAUGAGGUUAGUUUUGACAUGGUAAUCGACAAAGAAAUACUGGUUGAUGAAAUAAAGAUAGAAUUCGUGGAUAUGGAAGUAAAUGAUUUCCAAACGGUUCAGCAAAAUGAACCAAAAACCUACAAAGAUCGUAAGUUAGAACAUGUCGAUAAAAAUCAAUCGCAAACCAGUGAGCAAUCUAAGACAGUUGACACUCAGACUAAAGAUCAGACCCUAUCUUGUGGCAGCUGCGAUUAUUCGACAUGCAGUGCGGAGGCUUUCGAGUACCAUCUGCAAAACCACCCCGUGAGCACUCGAAUCUGUGACAUUGACGCCUGUGGCAAGCAAUUCAAGCAGCGAAAAUGUUUGCAGGCCCACAAGAAAUCCGCUCACUCGCGAUUCAUGUGUGCAAAUUGUUAUGUAACGUUAAAAGACGAGCACUCUCUGAAAGUUCACGCGAAAUGGCAUGAAGGUGAGACUAUUAUACCGUGCUUUUACUGUCCGAUGAGGUUUGAAGCAAAAGAUGAGUACCGCCUCCACUUGGAUACGAUUCAUGGAGCCAAUGAAUGUCACAGCUGUGAUACGUGCGGAUUGCAGUUUAAAGACGUGACCGCCUUGAGGAGUCACCUCAGAAGCCACGCUGACGUGAGAAAUUUUAAAUGUCCUGAUUGUGACAAGACGUUCAAGUUCAGAAAGGACGUCGUGCGCCACAAGAAAGCUGUUCACGCAAAUGAACGAUUCACGUGCAAGUACUGUAGCAAAUCUUAUGUGCGCAAUGAUAAACUUCGGCAGCACAUCGAGCGUUCCCAUGAUCUUCAAACGUACUUCCUGUGCGAAAUUUGUGUUAAAUCGUUCCCGACCAAAGAGCAACUGCAGGAGCACAAGGGCCAUCACGCAGCUCCCAGGGCGCACCAAUGUGCGACGUGUAUGGUGACUUAUCCGGGCAAGAAGGAGCUCAAAGCGCACCAGUGCAUUACCUACCGAGACGAUUACGUUUGCUGCGAGCGGGAUUUCAAGUUUCACAGGCACUACAAUCGGCACAUGUUCCUGGCUCACGGGGAAAAGACGAACGUUCGCGUGAAACCGGAUUCGAUGAUGAAAUAUAAAUCUCGAUGCAAAAAGUGUAAAGUGGUAUUUGAGUCGAUUAAGCUAAAAGCUAUACACGAGAAGGUUUGCAAGAAGCAGGAAAAGGCACAGAAGCAGGUGGUAACGACAUAUUUUUGAUUCAUUUUUAAAUAUAUUGCAACGUUGAUUGACAAAUUUACCAGAGAAUAAAAGCUCGUCUAUGA